CCCAUACAUAUCUGAUAUGUAUUUGUACUUCUCUCGAAAGCCAAAGGGGAGGAGAUGCAACAUUGCAACCAACAAAUGGUAGGGUCAAAAAAAGGAUGUUGCAAAAGCAAGAAAAGGGCGGGAAAAAUGAUGAGUGUACCAGCAACGACCAACCACCUUACACCAGUUUCAACAUCAUAACAGAAGGAUUGUAGCUUAAACUACACGAGAUUAUAACCUUCCAACUUUCUUGUCCUUAAUCACCUCUUUCUUCCUUAUCUCCCCAAUCUUCAUUCCCCUAUCAUAUGAUCGCGCUCGCUCGUUCGCUCUCUUCCAAUUAACUGGAUUUAUCUCCUACCACUAUGAAAAACAUGACUAAUUUGGGAUCUCAAAUUUGUGUAAUAAAAUCAUACUUCUGGGUUUUAUUAUUUCUAGUUAUAUUACAGCAAAAGUGUGUUCAUUUAGCUAAUGCUGCUGUAGCUGGUGUUAAUGAAGCAAAUGCAGGAGUUCAGGAUGGAAUAUCACAGUUCUGCAGCAUUGAUUUAGCAAGUUUUCUUCCUCCUCCAUAUGGAAACCUGUCCUAUAAAAGUUGUCAUCCUGUUUGGGAAACUUUUGUUUUAAGGUAUUACCAGAGCAAAGAAGAUAACACUGUAACAUUUGUAUUAUCAGCACUAUACACAACAGGAUGGGUUGGAAUUGGAUUCUCAAAAGAUGGGUUGAUGGUGGGUGGCAGUGCCAUGGUAGGGUGGAUAAGCAAACUUGGGCACGCGAAAAUCAAGCAGUAUCAUCUAAAAGGUCGGAAACCUCAUGAGGUUAUCCCAGGACAGGGUGACCUCAAUCUGACAAGCAUUCCCCCUGUUGUGGUUCUUGAUGGAGCUACCCUUUACUUAGGUUUCCAGCUUCAGUUCAAUGCUCUUCUUCAGCAGCAACCCACUCUGCUAGCUUAUGGAAGCAGGAUUCCCCUUAAUCAUAAACUCACAGUUCAUGAUGAUAAAACCACCAUACAUAUCGAUUACUCGACUGGUUCUGCUGCUACAAAUGAUGCCGUAGCCGGAGGUUUCGACAAGAUGAAAAGAAGCCAUGGAAUAUUGGGUAUAUUUGGGUGGGGACUUAUUCUUCCUUGUGGGGCUAUGAUUGCCAGGUUUCUCAAGCACAAGGAACCUCUAUGGUAUUAUCUGCACUCUGUUAUUCAGAUUGUAGGUUUUCUCAUCGUACUGACAGGAGUCGUGGUUGGUCAAGCACUUUACGAUCGUAUCCACGCAGAUAUUUCUGCACAUAGAGGCAUUGGAUAUUUUGCUCUCACCCUUAGCAUUAUUCAGGUGUUGGCAUUCUUUGUGAGGCCGGGUAAAGAGUCUAAGAUACGCGGGCUUUGGGCUGCAUACCAUCGUUGGUUCGGAGUGAUUACCCUCUUCUUUGGAGCACUAAAUAUCGUGCUCGGGAUUCAAGUUGGGGGUGCUGGUUCUGGAUGGAAGAUAGGAUAUGGAUUUCUACUUGGUUUCACUAUUGUUACAGCAAUUGUUUUACAGGUUCUAUCUAUGCUAAGAAGCUCAGUGAAACCACCUGAAGGUCCUCAACAUCCUUCUGCCUACCAAAUGAGUUAACUUAUACAAGAGUUGCCGUUUAUAUUUUGGUUUGGUGUUUAGGUAUAGACUAUGCUCACAAUUUUGGUUAGUUUCAGCUAUUCAGCUCAAUUACAGAAAGUAUGGUAAAGACUUGUUUGGCUCAAAUUGCCAGUUUUCGGUUGCUAGAAGAGGGGACUGCAAAUGGUUUGUGUAAAUAUGAUUGUUUUUUCUUUUUCUAUGAAAUUUAAGUUCUUUUA